GCGUCUUAAAGGGGCCGCGGGUGGGUGUUGGGGGCUCCUUCUCUGUACCCGCAGGUUUGGGUGGGCUGAUGGACGAGUUGGAGGACCCGGAGCUGGAGCUGGAGCCCAACUGGCUCUCUACCCUCGCCGGCCGCCGCUACCUGAACUGCAUCUUGCACAAGAACCGGCGGAGGACCUUCACUAUCCUGGAAUCCCCAGUGCUGCCCCCCAGCUCCUACGCUGCCACCAUCCGCUACAAGCUCUUCGUCUCCGGCAAGAGCGGCGUGGGCAAGACAGCCUUGGUGGCCAUGCUGGCAGGGGUCUCCAUACCCCCCACCCACUACGAGACCAGGGGGACAGAAGUCACCACUGUCUACUGGCCAGCCAAGCCCCUGACCAGCAUUGACCCUGUCAUGUUCCAGCUCGACUUCUGGGAUUGUGGGGAUGGAGCACUGAAAAAGUUCGAUUAUUUGCUGCCUUCCUGUAAGGAGAACGUAGAUGCCAUCCUCUUCCUCUUCUCCUUCACCGACUGUUCGUCCUUCGAGGAGCUGCCAGCCCAGAUGAGCCGGCUGCUGAGUCCUGGGGAAGAGAACGUCCUGAGGGUGGUCAUUGGCACCAAGUACGACCUGGUGACGCAGGCAGAUGUGACAGAGGAGGACGUGAAAGCCUUCGAGCGGACCUCGGGGCUGCAGGUGCUGCGGGUGGGCUGCAGGCCAGGCGAGGCGGAGCUGGGUGUGUCCCGGGUGGCUCCCACCCUCAACAGCCUGGUGGCCAGGCUCUGGCGCAGGGACCGCAUCGCUGCCCGCGCUACCAGGCGCAGCCGCACCCCGAUAGCAUUUUUAAGGCGGAAAAAGGCGAUUUCUGGUCCGGGUGUCGGGCUGCACCCCGCAAAACAGCCUCCCCACCCCCGUGCCCAGUACCCGCGUGGUGGGCGGGGGGCGGGGCCGGUAGUAGCGGCUUGUCCCCGCCCCCCUGCCGCCAUUGGCUGCCGCCCCCCUCUCCCUUCCCACGCCGCUUCAUGA